UUAAGUUUUUACUUCUUGAAGUUGGAUAGUUACCUGAGUAAGCGUGUAUUUAUCACACAUCCUACCUCCAAACGUACUUUAAAUAUGAAACCCAAAAACUUAAAAUCCAAAGGCAAAAUAAGGUUAGACGAUUUAAGGAAAUGCUCAAACGAGCCCUCAAAACUCAUAGCGCGGAAUAAAAUUUUGUGCAAAGUACACUUUCUUAAGGAAGACUUAUAUAUGGUUAGAACUUUGUUUAUAUCUGAGUUGAUGACAAGUCAAGAUGUGGUAAAAAAGAUUACGAGAGAAAAAGGCACUUACACUCUAAUGUGUUUUGGCGAAAAUGAUCAGCUAAUUUCCUUUUCUCCUGACGAGUUAGUCUUUCCUUGGAUGGAAUAUGAUCCGACUAUAAAGUUAUUUGUGCUUUCGCCAGAUAACUUAGAAUUCGAGUGUGCAACCCCUCUUGCACCCGAAAAUGGUAUGCAAAAUACUUUUAAUUAUGCCGUUUUAGAGGAAGAAGGAUCCACUUCAGCAACUUCUACUCUUGUAAAAAGCGCUCCUAGUAUGAUAGUUUCAUGUGAAGUUUACGACAAAAACGAACUACUUUUCCAAAAAAGCAUAACCAUUACGGAAAAAACUACGGCAAGAUAUUUAAUUGAAGAAGUAAAUGAAGAUUUGAAUUUAGGCGUUUUUAUUGACAGAAAAGAAGUAGCGGAAAUGGACUUUGUGUAUCCUCUUUUAGUUAAUAAGGCGAUAGAUAAAUGCAAGGUGGUCCUAAAGCCGAGCUCAACGCAGCGGCACCAGCCAGGACCCAAGUUAGCCUUACCUCUCCCACUUGUAACUACGCCGCCCAUGGCUUUAAAGAAGAAACCAAGUGUGACUUUUGCUUCAGAGCCUCGUAUCUGCGACAAUCUCUCAAAAAAUACAACUCUUUCCGAGCCUUCAAAGGCAAACAGGCCCCUACAAAGUCUACUAGCCAAAGAAAUAAUUGCCAAAGGAGACUCCCGUUUACAGACUUCAGGGCCGCCUUCGGUGAAAGGAAAGCUUUCUCCUUCACAUGACAGCGAACACGCACAUUCGCGUUCUACCGGAAUGAAACCCGUUCCGCCUUCUCUUUUAGCAGCCACGUCAGCCAUAGGAGGCUCCUCUUCUCCCAGCCUCACUGCCCCAACAAAGCCCCUCUUUGGGCAACCAGCUAGUAAUUUACCAAUGGUUCCAGGUUCGAAAUUAUCCUCUACCAAAUCAAUGGAACGCAAAACUGUGGACAAGUCUAUUACUCCGACCACUUUGAAUUCUUCAAGUUUAGAGACUGUAGCAGGGCAUCCUUCCGAGUUGCAGGCUCGUGCUUCACCAGCCUCUUUGGCUCAAGAUGCUUACUCACAAGAACACUUACUCGGGAAAAGGGCCCCCGCUCCCUUUGCGAGGCCCAAAAAGAGUACAACUAGCUUUCAGGCAAAUAUUACACCCACGACCAGAGUCGAAAAUUCAGCAUCGUACUCAGGUGGGACUGAGGAUCCGAUUUUGGAUUUAAAGCACAAAAAUAAAGGAUCUGAGGAAAAUACUUUCGAUUGGGAAGAGCUAGAGGGGGCUUUUAAUCAAGACUUAAAUAAGAACAGAGAACGGAAAACCGAUGAUAUUGAUAACUUUGAUAAAUUUUUCCAGGAAUUUUUAUAGAGGUUGGAAACAAACUUCUCAAAAAAAUCUUUAAGUUUUUAUUGAACAGUAUAGUUAUUUAAAGCUU